AUGAAAACUUCAAGGCUUGAGAAGGAGGCCAAUAUCCGGAAAAAGCUGGAAGAAGCUUUGAAAGAUGCCCAACGAGCUAUUGCAGACAAGGAAGCUCUCUUGCAAGAUGCACGAAAUGAAGCCGCCCAACGGGAGAAUGCACACAUUGAGACCAAACAACAUAGAGAUGGUCUUCUGGCUACUCUGACGCGAACUCAGCAAACUUUAGAGGUGGAAAUGGCGGCAAAAGAUGAAUUGCAGAAUCUAGCAAAUGAGCUUAAGGAAAAGUUCCAUUUUCAGCAACAGCUUUCUGAAAAGGUAAAUCCUCAUGACAAAAAAAGGAUGGUGGAACAGACAGAAAACAUAAUGUCCUUUUUUAUUUAUUGAUGCACUGCGGCGUUUGUUAUCCUUACAAGGUCCUGAUCGCCCGAUGUAAGGUAAUUCGAGGGAUUCCUUGUCAGUGCAACUUGUCUUCCGAAUUCCUUCAGCUGAGUUCCGGAUUUCCAAAGCCCAGAAAUCCGGAUUCCACAAGCAAAAAUUCCAUAUGGGGCAACACACAUGCGUACUAGUUAGUCUUUCUUAAGCUCAUGAUUCCAAAACCAUCUGCGUUGAUGCGCGUCACCUAAAAUACAGAUAAUAAUUUCUCUGCUGUAUAUCACACAGACUGCUAUUCAUGCAUCCAACAUUCAGACAAAAUUUGAACUUUUCUUCAAAAUAUCCGAUUCUCUAUAAUAAUUCAUUAACUAUUUGCAUUUUUAUUUCGAAUGAUAGGAAUUGAGCGAGAUGCGUUGUAGCCUGGACGAAGCCAACAAGAGCAUUGAAUUGAUAGAAAGGAGGACUCAUGAGGAAUAUGAUUCCAGUGAAGAAAAAAUUUCAGCCAUGUUAGCAAAAAUUAAAAACCGACAUGAAAUGGAGUUUCAAAAGUUUAAGGAAGAGUCGGAGGCCGCUUACGAAAACGGGGUACAGAAUUGUUCUAUUACUAUUAUCACUGCAGGUAUUAUUCUAGGGUAAAAUAUUUCAAAAAGAAUUUUAAGGCAUUGAUCAUCAAGUGUUCCCCGUUUAUGCUACAAUCCGAGGGCUUUCUUCAACUUUAAGUCUAGUCUCACACCCCGUCCACACUAACAUUUCGAUACGUUUAGGCCUUCAGCCACCGUCGAAAACGGUUGUGACUAUAAAGGAUACCCCAAAGUCAGAUUGUCAUCUCCACUCAAAGUACAUAAGAGGAGUCUUAACUUAAAGUAGUAAAUAAGAGAAGAAAGAAAACAGAAGAAAACAGUAGAUAGUAUGUAGGACUCGAACCCGCGUCAUUUGAUGUAUAAUCCACAUCCAUAUCCACUACACCAUCAAGGGCUAGCUGCCGAGACUGGUUAAUUUUAACGUACUUUGCACGCCGUUGAUCAUUACGUUAUUGAAAGCUAACUGUUUUUAAAACAGUGCUUAACCGUAAUCACUGUUCUUCGGUGCUAAACCCUGUAUUCAACUCUUUCCGGUGCACAACUGUCUCUUACUCUGAUUUCCCCACUUUUCUAAAAGUUCUCGUGCCCAGUAAAUUCGCCUAAAUAUAGUAGUACGUGGUAUAGAGUAUAGCGUUGUGCAAUAAACAUAAGGUCUCCAACCUGAUUUUGAAGUAUCCAUUCUAGUCCCUACCCGUCGAAAACAGUCGAAAACGCAUCGAAAUGAAAACAAUGACCGAAAAUAUGGCAGGCGCGUUUGUUUGUAACAUGCGUAUUGAGUUCAACUCACGUCACAAUGUGCAAUUCUUUGGUUCUUGAGCGCUUUAGUGUGGACAGUCGAAGACUCAUAACGGUAGUGUGGACGCGAAUCGAUUCAUGCGUUUUCGACGACAACGAUACGACUUAAUAUGGGCCUUUUGAUAAGUGAGCGCCAGCUUAGCUACCUUUUGAGGCAUUACACGACAAAAUGGUCCAAUCUAGUUUCACUUUAUUGUGAAUAGUGCUACUCUCAGUGCAUUUGAUCCUGAAAAACGCUAGCAUAUAUUUCAAUAUCAGUUUGGAAAUAUAUUUUUAAGAAUACGAAAGAAAGUCACGAAACUGAAAAUUUUCUCAAGGGACAUUAGGGACGAAUGAGCUCAACAAACCGCGACCGGAAAGUGGCGCAAAACAUAAAUGAAAAUGUUUUUUAUUCUCUUCAGAGUAGCUAAAAACAGUAGAAAUACAAAAUUUUUUUUUUGCUAGGUAAGGCAGAUUAGAAUCCAGCUAGAUGAUGCAUUCCUGAACCUUGAAACUACUAGAGAUGACAACGUUCAUCUUAAGGCUGAGGCUGAAGCAUUGAAUGCCAAAGUUAUCAACCUCGGAGCCAAGGUACGUCAAGCCCAGGGGGAAAUUCAACAUAGUAUUAUACGGGAAGGCUCCGCCCCAAAGUUCAACCCCCCUUAACUUCUCCCUUACCCUUUUAUUUACCAUUUUUGACAGAAAGCGUACCCCUUUCAUAUACAGUCUCAGGGGCGGAUCCAGGAUUUUUUUUAGAGGGGGUGCACUCGUCUCUUGCUCUACUUCAACACCAAUAAACCACAUAGUUUUUUUUUGCAGAAUACCAGUUGUAUUAGAAAACCGCAGGUCAUCUCAGGAGGGGGGGUCCUCCCCCUAGAUCCGCUUCUGAGUCUAUUGACAAAUAGCACCCCUUUCACAUACCUUCUUUAGAACUCUUUAUUUGCUGUAAAUGCACUGUCUUUUAAAAUAUAAAUAAAUCAAAAAGUGUGUUCUCCACUUUUUCACAACCAUUAAAUGCAUCUUUUAGCCCCUUCUGGGCCUUUUUACAGACCGAAAUGACAGAUUCCCCUAAUUUUCCAUAUACUUCAACAGGGUAAGAUCCACACCCUUUCAUAUAGUAAAACUGACUUAACAGGUCUAUAAAAGCCCUUUUGUUGUUACUUAAGUGCGCCAGCCUAGAAGCUCAGAAAGCAGAGCUGUUUAAAAAUCUGAAGUUGGAACGACAGCAGGCAGCAAGCAUGAUAAAGAAUCUUGAGAUCAAGCUGCGAGAAGCUGACAAAGCCCUGAUGGAUCAAGUGCGACAAUUUGGUGUCACAUUUAAGACUCGUCAUCCUGUGAAUCUAGAGGUAGAGGCCUUCGCUACUUUACUGGAAGCCGAGGAAAAAAGGUAGAGUAACGUCGAGAGUCUCUACGUCUAUUUCUGAUAAAAUUGAAGUCGCGACGAUCACUAUUUUUUUUCGGAUGAUCGAAACGAUCAUUCAUGUGGGAUGAAUAGGUAAACUUAAAAUUACUGAAAACUCCCAGUCAAUAUUUACAAGUUCAGACCAACUGUAAUUUGGUGUGUUAUUUUACCAUUAAAUUACUUAUAAGGGACCAGUCAUAAUUAAAGUUGGAGGGCUAAUUUUUUGGAUGGAAUAUGGGGGCCAUAAAAAGCCAAAAGAUGACCUUGGGGGGUCUUCAAGUUUCUUUUAAGUAGCAUCCCUACUGAGCAGCAUGAUGUUUGAGUAUUAAAGGAAAUGAUUUUGAUUCAGUUUUACACAAAGUCCAAUAUUGUGUAAUACUAAAACAAUUUAAUCAGCAUUUUGACAAAAAGAUUUAAUGCUCAAAUAGUAGGUGCAUAAACACAACAUCCAUUAUUGUGUAACACUGAAACAAUUUCAUCGGCAUUUUAACAACUGAUUACAUGCAUAAAGUCAUGUUAUGCAAUCUCACUAUCUGAAUCAUUAUUUGUAGAUGAGGUUGAUGUGGACUCUCUGUCUGUGUCACCGUCAAGUUUUUUGCUAUUAGAGCAUGUACUGCUCAUAUAAAAAGCAGUAAGCUUUGGCUGAUUAUCUUCUUUCUUCCUUGAAGCGGUCUUGUCGGCCUCUCAUCUUUCGAUGGCUUGUCUUAUCUCAAUUAUAACACAAUCACUGAUAUAUCCUUGCUCUAUAAGCUGUUUGAGAGGCUGUAGGUGAAAUCUCUUUCUCAGUUUAGUGUGAAGUGCUUCUCUGUUGUUAGUUGGCACAUUCGGAAGUGACAGUGAGUAAGAACGGUAAAGUAAAGAAAAUGUUAUUUGUUAUUACCAUUUGGGUAUUAUGUAUAAGAAAGGGGGGCCCUUAAAUCUUUUAACAUGAUUGAAGGGGGGGGGGGUGCCUAAAAACAUGGGUGCUAUUAGUGGGGGGUCUGGAAAUAAUUUGGAAUAAAAAACAAUUUCUCCUCCACCCCCCCCCCCCCCUCCAACUUAAAUUAUGAGUGGUCCCUAAUAAUUGAAUGGGGUUUUCCCUUCUUUAACCAGCAUGAUAGCCUUUGCGCUAUUCAGGGCGAAGGCUUUUGCGCUGUACUCUACAUAAAUAAAAAAGUUUUGCUUUUGUUUGUUUGUUUGUUUACAUUUAUAUAGUGUGAAACUUCUGUUUCUUAAGGCUUAAUCUGUCCGUGGAGAACAAGCGUGCCACUGGAUCUGUUCGUUGUCAACUCUGUCAUCCCAAUGGUCAGAUACGGAAAGGUUCAUCCACGAACCUGCAUGGUGCAACGCAUGCGCAUCAUCAUCAACCAGUUACAAGUACGGCGAUCAAGCAAACUGUGACGGAAGUCAACUCCACAUCAGGUGAAACCUUACUGACUGCAUUUCCUAUAAUAUAUAAGGAUAAGUAUAGGGAGUUGUCAAGACGUGAAUGAAACGGGAGAUUCGCCCCAUGGGAUGAGGGGAGUCCAAGACAUUCUUAGAUUCCACACUGGAUUCCGAAAUUCCAAUUACUGGAUUCCUGAUUGCUUGUCAUUGGAACUUGCAUUCCGGAUUCCAAUUGUUAGCGGCAUUCCGGAUGUCAAAACCCAGGUGUCCAGAUUUCACAAGCAAAAGAUUUCCAGAUUUCGGAAACCGGCCUGAUUUGCCUUCAUUUCCAUGGGACGAUGAGAUGACCUUGCUUUUAGUGGUAACCCCUAUCAAGAGAGGAUAAUGGGAUUCCGUCUCUCUUACCCCUGUUGAACUUAUACUCAUACUACGUGUUUAACAAGUAACGGUGACUUGUGUCGAUCAUUGCAUUUAAAGGUCAGGUUGCUGAGCCCACAGGAGGGAGCUUAAGCAAAGACGUUUUGAGCAACGCUUGUCAACCGGAAGUGAAACCUUCUUCCUUUUCAUAUGCCUUAACGCUAACAAAUUUGUAUUGUUAAGUUUCUUUUCUCUGAUAAAGACAAUUUACCCGAGCGUUUCAACCAAACAACAGCCCAAUAAUGCAAAAAUUCUACUUCCGGGUUACGUCCUUAUCUCAAAAACGCCGUCACGGUCACGUGUCAAGUGACUCUGAGCUCAAUAUGUACGCAGUCUUUUUCUUUUCAGCCUAUUCCAGGCUUUCAGAAAGUAGGGACGUGGCAAAAAAUAAAACUGGCCAGUUCCAGGCUCUCAGAUAGCGGGGAAGACGCAAAAGUAGCAGGCUAGAAUAAAACAAGCCUAGCGAAAAUAAGACGUGCGCGAUCUGGGGAAGCCCCCUCGAGGAGUUUUUCACAGCAACUUUUUACCGUUCAACUGCACCGCUAUAUUCUGCUGCUCUACUAUCUGGGAGCCUGGGACAGCCGGCUAGUCAGUUCGUUUUUACUGUGAUUCAGUGUAAAUUUGUUGGGCCAGCAACUCACACACAAAGCGAUCACCAACUUGCGGAAUGCCCAUGAAUGAUCAUUUUACCAAUUUCCACAGUAAAACAAAGGGAUUAUAGUUGAACUUAGAUUUAAAAUCUCAGUGCACUCACUUCUCACUUCUGAAAGCAAUUAUCUAUACAUUCCUUAUAUAUCUAUAAAAUUGUAACCAUAUCUUUUGGUAGCUGUACAUGGUGAAUCGUCUGUGACAAACGUGAAGCAUGUAGUCGAACCCGUAACCAGUUCAAGUCUAAUCCUGGAAAAUCCCAGCCAUUUUUCUUUAAGGUAGCGCUCAUUUUAAGGUUUUUUAAUUACUUCUGGUGGAGACUUACAGUUCUUAGUUGCACGUUGACACCGUCUUCGCAGUCUUUUCUGAAAAAAUUUUUCUUGGCCAGUGUAUUCUUUGCCCUCCCCUCACGUAUAUGGAUGGAUACUUAUGAGAUAGUUCGGGACAGGGAAGGGCUAUACCAUUCAUUCCCAAGAGAAGUAUACCAGUACUAUUCCAUGAUCAGUGGACAUCAUCAACCAAAAAAGGAAAGCAAAGCCUCAUCUUUUGUCCCUUACUCCUUUACAUUUUCUGAACUUCAGUGGAGACUUGUCAGAAGUGCAAUUAAUAUUUUUGUGUAUACCUGUUGCUCGUUUUACCGGCCCAAGGCAAGCUUGUUUCGCAGCAAGUGACGCAACUCCUGCGUAAUUCAAUCCAAUUAGAAGUCAGUAUUCAUGCAUCUUGCAGCAACCUAGCUUUAUUUGUUGCAAGACAGAUUUGAACGUGUGGGUGGUAAAACAUGCAACGUUGCUAUUCGACACGUUCUGCGCCAUGCAGCAUGUUGCAAAACAAGUUGCACUUUGUUUUGGCCCGUUUUACCCUAGCUUAACACAUACCAGCAGCCUCGACUCGUUAAAUGAAAAGGUCAAUAACAGUUUUGACACACGGUUAUGUCUCCUUCAAUUAUGCUUCCAAUAACAGAAUAUAACGCUUCGUGGCAUUUCUUGAUCUAAUGGUAAAGAUUUGAUUGUCUUUUUGCUAAUUCAGCCAGAGGGAAGAUUUUUUGACCUUAGAAGUUCAUCCGGACGGUGACUUUGUGCGUGUCUUCAACAAUUCAGAGUUCAAAGUGAGUUCAAGGAGAGCAGCUAGUUCUUUUCCGCAGUUUUGUCACUUUUAAUCACUAUUUAUUUUAAAGAAUCGGAAGAAAGAAGUGUUCUUUUUUUACUUGAACUCCUCAUGGUGAGAAAGAGAAAUAUAAUUGCUUAACAUAAAAGGUGUUUAUAAUUACUCAUUAGCGCCAACCUUCUAGAUUAAAGUACACAAGAAGCUAGUCUUGUUUUCUAACCAUCCCGUUCAUCUGGACCUAGAACCGAUUGUUUCACGUACGAGUUUUAUUCUUUCAUAUCUUGGUUUUUACAGUCUAAAAUUAAUCUAAUGGUAAAGAUGAUGAUAAUGAUAAUAGAGCGGUUUUCCCUUGACUGUCGUAAAACCAAAACCAAAGAAAUUGCGUGAGUGAAACUUGAGUAAAACUAAAACCAAAACACGAUUUGCGUUUACUUGCGAAUUUGAUUGGCUGAGAAAACAAUGCCUCCUGGCUGAUUGGUAGAGCUAUUUUAAAGAGCCAAUCAGAAAGACGAACCAAAACCAAAACCAAACCAAUUCCUCAGUUUCGACAGUCAAGUGAAAACCGCUCUAACGUUCAAUUAAAAGCAAAUACAGUCGAAACUCCAUUUGCGACAAUCUCUCAUAUAAGCGACCACCUCAAUCCCAUAAGCGCCCACUUCUCCCAAACACAAAAAUUUUCCCAGUCAAAGCCCUAAUUUGCCACCAUCCUCGGAGACCCAGGGGCAGAUAGUGGGGGCCAGGGAAAGUCUAAACGGGCGGAAAAAUAUGGCACGAAGAAAAGUAAAGAACGGCGAGAAGAGCCCCUGGGGACAAUGUCUUACCAGACCAGUUCCAGACGGUCGCCGCCGUUCUGGCUUCUGAUUGGUGCCAGAAAAACACAAGUUUUCUGCCACCAAUCAGAAGCCAGAACAACGACGACCGUCUGGAACUGGUCUGGUAAGACAUUGUCCCCAGGGGCUCUUCUCACCGUUCUUUACUUUUCUUCGUGCCAUAUUUUUCCGCCCGUUUAGACUUUCCCUCGCCCCUACUAUCUGCCCCUGGGUCUCCGAGGAUGAUUUGCCACAGGAUUACUGCGAAUUCCUUUGCAUUAGAGUUUAUCACCUUUCGAUCAAUUAUGUUACGUAUUUCCGACGACAUCCCGCUUCUCAUCAUUUUACAUGUAUUUUUAAUUAUUUCGUUACAGGAUGAAGAGAUUGGUGGAUUUAUUAUUCGACAGAAUGUAGCUGGUAGGCCUGUUAGUUUGUUCCGUUUUCCUCCGGAAACUCUUCUCAAGAUUCAAACCUAUACAACGGUAAGGAUCGAUACAAAAUUAAUUGAAAAUGAAGAAAUGAUCGUCGCAGUGAACGCAAUUUAUGCAAUUGCGUAAAGAGGCCUGAAUUUUUUUUCCGGCUUUUUUUUUUCAGGCUUUACGCAAUUGCAUAAAUUGCGUUCACUGUGACGAUCAUUUCUUCAUUUUCAUUUCAUUUCCGCAGUUCAUAUAUGAUUUAUUUCAUAUAUCAUUAACACAAAAUUAAGUUUUGACAGCCUGUCCUUUGCAUGCCUCUAGUAUAGUAUUAAAUGUAUUGUUAUUUAGCCUGGUAAAUGGAGCAACAAUCGAAUAAGCGUCCUAGGCGCAUGGUUUUUCAAAACUUGACAGCCAUUCUCACUGCCAUAUGAUGUAUGGCGAGUAAGGCUUUUUAGCGGAGCUCCCGCGCGCGCGAAGCGCGCGCGCAGCGGAGCACCAUGGGUAAGAAAAUUUGGUAAACCAUCCAUCCCAGAAAAUUUGGUUAUGACGUAGCGUACGCCCGUCCGUACACACACUUCAUGUAAGCCGAUGUCAAAUGUCACAACAGAUCUUGCACAACUUGACUAGCCUCUUAGUUAUGUAAGCCAUUCGUAUGAGUACGAUUAGAUUGACAGCUGUCAAAAUCAGACAUCCGCUGACAAUUAUCACAUGACCGUCUCGCGGGCUCAGAUAAAAGACCAAUCGUUUUGCCCCUAUAUGUAAGCUGAUAUAAUAUGUCACACUUACCAAUUCAACAUAAAAACGAAACUACGCCGGGCAAAGCUGUCAGUUAGCUGACAGUCGUUUAAAGUUAUAUUGGCAGGCCAAAUUAAGGUCCAUUGACAGCUGUCAAAAUGGGACAUGUGCAGACCGCUAUCAGAAGGGCUCAGGUUCGCUCAGGUACACGAUCUGACAUUUUGCAUUACAUGCCGGACGGAAAUGUCCUACUCACACUCGUGGUCUGUUAAUUCGAAUAUUCGCCAUUCUAAUGAAGGUUAAUUGACAGCUGUCAAACUAGAGUAUACGCUGACCAUCAUCACCUGAGUGGAUCGCGGGCUCAUUUUUCUAUCUAUUGAGGUCACGUAGUGUUUAAAGUUUUGCGCUGAUAUUUUAUUUGAUCACGGGCUCAAUUCGAAGCCCCAUAGCUUUAUAGAAAAUCUAUCCAUGCUAGAAAAUUCGGCAAUCUCGUGACCGUACACCGACCACCCGACCCUCCGUCCGUCCGUGCCACAGGCAUACCAAUGUUUAAUCUCACACUUUCUAGCUAGUUUGGGAGCCUGCGACCUGAUAUUGUACAUCCAUGUUUUGAUUAAUUCACACCUGUCAAAACAGUGUUUCUGCUGACCAAUAUCGCCUGACCGUAUCGCGGGCUGAGGUAUCGACCUUUAAAAAGCAUAUGAAAUAAGUCGUGUUUCAUGAGCCGCACUUUUAAAAUGUUGAUUUCGAACUGAUCUCGGACACGAAAAUUCAACCGGCUUUUACAUUUACAUGCAGGGAAGGCAAUCGCUUUUGACUUUUCUCACUGUCACGCGUUGAUCACGCUCUACGUCCAAUUUUUAUGUUCUGAUUGGUCAAAAUUUGACAGGUGAGUUUAUGCGGAAAAUUUCUGCAGCGUCUUGAAACUUGCUUACUGAUAGCUGGAGCUGAGAGAGUUUUGUGUCAUCUUGUGAUGUUUUAAACUGUCUUUUUCUACUUGGUGUACAAAAUGAAAUACAGCUGCUAUCAAGAUUGUUCUGUACAUGUAAUUCGUGGCUGGUUUGUUUAUUGCGCUUUUUGCUGACAAAUGCACCGCUUGUCAAAGUCAUUGGAAAUCCGAUUACGGAUGGCAUCGUUUUCAACAGUUUUCAAAAAUGAGCUUACUCACUUGCCCUUGCUUGAGGGGUAAGAAGGUUGAAAAGUCUCAAGCGAUUCUGGAACACUUGAUGACCUUCAGAAGCAGCAUCUCGACUGGUAAGCUUGAGCCAUUAUUGUUUUUGAUGAAAUUUUUUUUUUUCGGUUUCCUGAAGUCGAGCGUAUGGUUUACGCGGCUUAAGUUAAAACACGAGCAAUGAUCUAACCUACAAUAGUAUCAGGUUUAAAAAGCCUUUAGACAUUUUUUGACCCGCAAAUUCAAAGAAAAGGUUCCGAAGAUUAUUUAGUUAUGUUUUGGGCUGUAAACAGAAAGCUCUGAGCGAUUUUCUUGCCUCGAGUUCAUCUUGAAAAAGAGCGAACGCCGGGAAGCUGGCUUAAAACAUAAAUAAGCUUAUGCUUGCCUGACUCAUGAUUUUCUGAGACACUUUCCUCUCAAUACUUCUCUUCGUGAAUGAAAAUUAUUGUCUCUGUACAUGUUUCACCGAAUUAAACUUAUUUUAUUGAUUGUUAGUAGUCCCUCUCGCAGUUUUCAUCGCUGCACCGGUUGUUUCCAGUCGAACAUAAACAUCUCAUGUAGGAAUACUCAAAACGCCGCGCGUAAAUAUCACUCGCUUUAAAGAUCAUAGAACAAAAUCAUACACAGUUUAAUGAAUAAAGGGAAAUAAAACCUAAACAUAACAAUUUCUCUAUCAUGUUGAAGCGUAAAUGGUAACUCUAUUAAUCGCACUGCAAAUUUGGUGCCUGUCAAAAGUGAGAACCCGUCCGGCUGGCCGAAAAGUGAUUUUAUCGUUUUCAUUAAAAGCCCAUAAUUAUUACCCCGCAUAUCACAUAGGACCAGAUUUUUCUAACAGAAAACGUUUUAUAAUUCAAUGCUAUAAUUUGUUGUGCAAAGGAAGCGCGUGCUUUGAUCGUCGUGGAUAUUGAAUGAGUGCAAAUUCUCUUGCAAAAUUGUGAAAAACUGCAGAAUUAUAAGUUUACAUAGGGCAAAAAAGAACAAAUUCUGUCCGAGGUCUGUGUACUGUUUACCUGAGACGUGAUGAGAAAAAGUAUGUUUAAAAGGCUGGUUUACACGCCACCAGAUUCGUCGCCAAGAUUUACUAGUAAACUAAACUUGUCGAACACAAAAAAUCCGGCCUGAUUUUUAUUUUGGCCUUUCUUUUAGACAGAGGAAUGCAACGUGUAAAUUGGCUGCCACCAGGACUAUCGUGGCGCAAAUGUUUCUUAAAAUUAUAUUUCGGGGUUGUCCAAUUAUCCAUAGUCUCUCUAACGGAGCAAUGUUGGAGAGACUGAUGAAUGCCACAUUAUGAUGCUACAGCUAAUGCAAAUACAAUACACGAAUAGGUCUAUUUGUUUUCCAGGCCUAAUCUACUGUGAUCGAACAUGAUUGCUAUUUUUCGGUGUACAAGUAACUUGAUGUAAAAUUUGUUUCACUCUUGGACGGUCGAAUUCUGAUUUUUCUCUAAAAUCACUCAGCCUUUGCCUCAAAAGUCAAAUGAAUGUGGCCUGAUCUGUGGAUUACAAGUUUAUUGUUUGAUUUAAAUUAUGAAUUUAUUAACGGGAGCUUCGCUUUUAGCCCUGGCUAAAUCUAUAUAUUAUUUCUGUGAUGCAAACUUCUUCUCGAUCGUCUACUUCGUCUCUAUUAUCCCUGCGCUUUUCAGCAUCGUUAUCUUUACUUGUCUCUUCAUCAUACUUCAGGAAACUUUAGUACACAAACAAAAAGAAGGCAUUGUCUCUUGGACCAGUGAUGUAAAUUGUGCGAGACAAGAGAUUGUUUUUGUUUUUCCUAUAGGUAUGGUCCGCGUCAAGCUUAUCAAAUCACAAUCCUCCAUCAGAAUUCGUGAACAGAGAUCACCAUCAGUGGAGGACUGGACCAAAAUGUACCACAAUCCUUUGCAAGCCAAAUGGACAGGUGAGGCAGGCAUUUGUUAGCUGUUGUACAUGAGAUAAAACAACUGAAUCUCACCUACAGAAGAGUCAACACCGAACUAUUGAUCCACCAAACUAGGAAAUAAAGCAAGGUACUCACGGCAUUUUCUAAAAGAAAUCCACUUUUAAGUAUUACAAGGGCAACCUCUGCCAAAAAUGCCAAAUCAGGUGAAAAUGAUGACAGAAGAGGCACUAUUUUGCAUGUAUUUUUUUUUUUAUCAAACCUCAGCUCCUCUUUUAACCAAGAGCCGUUCCUUUUUUCAAUACACUCUAAACGUAGUUUUGUUAAUAUUUAUUAUAAUUAUGGAAUCCUUUUCACAGCCCGUGUCAUGGACCAAAGUUGUUUGCCCAAGAGACAGAGAAGGGAAACGGUUCUCUAAUCCUCCAGCUGACGCCGCUUAUUAUUCCCACAGAAGUAAGACUAGCAGCUUUGAUGCCAUUACUGAAAGGCGGAUUUGGCGGCCAUGA